AUGUUCAUUUCGGCGUUUAUCUGCUUCAUAGGACUGAAUUUGUGCACCUUGAUUUAUCUUACUUCCCCCAAGAGGAGGCUCCCCAGGAAUAUUCCGGUCGUGCCACUUUAUACGCUAGUCUAUGAUAUUCUACGUGGCCGCUCCCGGGUGGAGUUCUACAAUACUCGUGUCCGACAUCUGACAGAGACGGCCGGUGCUGUUGGCAUCUGGCAUGAUGGGCAAUGGGUCGUUUUAGCUACAAAGCCCGAGUUUGUGUCGAGGGUGUUUAAAAACGAGGGUGACCUCUUGGAGAAGAAUGGGCUCUAUCACCGCGUGCCGGGCGGAAUAUUCGCCUGGUUAUUCGGCGAGAAUAUCAUCGACUCCGACGGCGGACUGCAUCGCUUCUUCACUCAAGUCGUGAAACCAGGCAUUCUCCGACGAUUUUCAAUUAAAUAUAUGAGGGUGAGAUCGGCUUUGCUCGCAGGGGAACUGUACAGGAAGCAGACAGAGGCGCCCUCGGCGAUAUCGGGGACCAGCGUGGGCGAACACAUAUGGCGCUGGGCAAUUGAGAUUUUUGGGGAGUAUUUCCUGGACCUGGAAUUGCACCCGCGGGAUCUGGAUUUUUCCCAGUAUUCGAUUCAGCAGAUAAUCAUUGCCCAUAACCGGUCCCCCAUGGGGAGGCUGACGGGCCUUUUCCCAGUAUUGGACCGGCUACCAUGGCGGUGGAGGACUACACAACGAACAUUGACGCGAUUUGGGAAAGUCGAGAACCUUGUCCUCAGCAACGUAAAUGCCCAGAUAAGAAGAAAACCGGGAACCCCCGCCCCAAAAGAAAGCGAUAAACUGAUCCACCACCUGAACCGUGCCCAUGAAGAUGGCAGUUUCUCCAACUUCCACUAUCGCUCCAACCUCAAGCAGCUCUUUGUUGCCGGCCACGAAAAUGUGGAAAUGGUCGCUAUAUCCGCCAUGCUAGAGCUGGCAAAAAAUCCCGGUAUCCAGCAAAAUCUCUACACCGAGCUAACCCAGAGCCUGGGACAGGACUACUCAUCAGAGGAUGUCGACACACUCCCACUGCUUACAUCGGUGAUCUACGAGGCCCUCCGACUGUAUCCACCGUUGAUUAUAUUGGCGAACCGCAGAGCCAAAUCAUCCAUGCAGCUCGGGGGCGGGUUUACGGUUCCAAGGGGGACCCUGAUCGCCUGGCACUCCUACGGCACACACACGGAUCCCCAAUACUGGGGCCCUGCAGCCAUGGAAUUUAGGCCAGAUCGAUGGGGCAGCGACUGCGCGGUGAUCCAGCGUGAAUUUCGGAUUAGACAGGCCCGGGGCAUGUACUUUCCCUUUGGAUUGCACUCGCGAAGAUGCCUGGGAAGUCGAUUCGCUCUCAUACAGCUCAAGGUAGUCCUCUGUGAGUUGGUUCGCGAGCUAGAGUGGGAUUUACCUGGAGAUUACCAGACAUCACUGAGUACGGUAUGA